GUGACGGGCACACGCACGCAGCCUGGAGAUCCCGGAGCACAGCGCCUGAAGUGGAGCGCCCGACGGCAGCGCGCACCCAUCGGCUUCCAGGGGAGACGUGAGGCGGCCGGAGGAGGAGACGGACUGUACCGACCCAAAGAUGGCUUUAGCCAGAGAUCCAGAGGCGGGCCAGGAGCAGAGAGACAGCGCCGACCAGAGCUUUGACUACAUGUUCAAGCUGCUGAUCAUCGGCAACAGCAGCGUGGGGAAGACGUCCUUCCUGUUCCGCUUCGCAGACGCUUCCUUCACCUCGGCCUUCAUCAGCACGGUGGGCAUCGACUUCAAGGUCAAGACCGUCUGCAGGAACGACAAGCGCUUCAAGCUUCAGAUCUGGGACACAGCGGGGCAGGAGCGCUACCGGACCAUCACCACGGCGUACUACCGAGGGGCCAUGGGGUUCCUGCUGAUGUACGACAUCACCAGCCAGGAGUCGUUCAGCGCCGUGCAGGACUGGGCAACCCAGAUCAAGACGAACUCGUGGGGCAACGCUCAAGUAGUGCUGGUAGGCAAUAAGCUGGACUUGGAAGACGACAGGAAGGUGCCCACUGAAGAUGCCCAAAGACUGGCGACGGAACUCGGCUUUCAGUUCUUCGAGGCCAGCGCCAAGGACAACGUCAAUGUGAAGCAGGUGUUCGACAAGCUGGUGGACGUCAUCUGCGAGAGGAUGAACGAGAGCGUCAACGGCGACGCCAGUCCGUCAGCCAAUCACAAGGAGGGCGGCCUGAAGGACAUACCCCGCAGCGGCUGCGCAUGCUAAUGAGGGGGGGGGGGGGCAGCGGGAAUUCACAGGAAGCUGGUUUCAUAUUUGCAGACACACAGACACACACAGAUUGAUUGUAUUGUCAAACGAACAUUCUAGAUGUACUUAUUCAUGUGACUGCAACACUGCAAUCAUUAAAGGGUGCUAGGCUCCUUUUUUUCCUUCUUUCUCAUUUGAUCUUUUCCCAACUGCGUGACGACUCCAGCUUCGUUGUCGUUGGAACGUGACUGUUACACUGAGAUGCCAAAGAGCUGCACUGAGCAGCUGUGCCUUUUCUUUCUCACCGGUCACGGAUGCUUCAUUGUUCUUGAUUAGUGGGUGACCGGCACCUGUUGCAGGUGAGGAUGUGACUGUAAGCGCAUGAGCCAUUGUGUCAUGCCGCCCUCUUGUGGCUGCUGCAUGUAAAUGCAUCACUGUGACUCCAUACCGCAUACACACUGUGUCCUGUGAACUUAGAGAAGGGUUUUAAAUACAGCCCUGUGUGCCCGGACCAGUCCUGGUAUUACUGUUUAGGGGGGAUAUUCUCAUUGGGUUUUAAUUUAAUAUUUUACUUUUAAUAGUUAAUACUCAUUCAAUAUUUCCUUUGGCAGGUUUAUUGUGUUUCUCUAUACGUGUGGAUUAAAAUAUAUGGAUCCAUGCA